AUGGGGCUGCCGCUAGACAAGAGUAGGAUCAAUUGUACAGCAGCAACAGCAGCAGCAGCAGCAGCAGCAGCCGCACCAGCACAGAAGAGCGGAUACUCGUUGCAGCAGCAACAGCAGCAGCAGCAGCAGCAGCAGCAACAGCAGCAGCGGAUCAAUUGUACAGCAGCAACAGCAGCAGCAGCAGCAGCAGCAGCCGCACCAGCACAGAAGAGCGGAUAUUCGUUCGCUGCAGCAGCAAACAGCAGCAGCAGCACGAGCAGCAGCAAAGCCUGCAGCAGCAGCAGCAGCAGCAGCAUUCGCUGCAGCAGCAAACAGCAGCAGCAGCACGAGCAGCAGCAAAGCCUGCAGCAGCAGCAGCAGCAGCAUCAGCAGCAGCAAAGCCUGCAGCAGUACCAGCAGCAGCAAAGCCUGCAGCAGCAGCACCAGCAGCAGCAAAGCCUGCAGCAACAGCAGCAGCUGCUGCAGCAGCAGCAGCAGCAGCAGCAGCAGCAAGUAUUGUGGCAACAAGAACCGCUGCUGCAGCAACAGAAGUUCUGCUGCAGCGACAGCAGCAGCAGCAGUACCAGCAGCAGCAAAGCCUGCAGCAGCAGCACCAGCAGCAGCAAAGCCUGCAGCAACAGCAGCUGCAGCAGCAGCAGCAGCAGCAGCAGCAGCAGCAAGUAUUGUGGCAACAAGAACCGCGGCUGCAGCAACAGAAGUUCUGCUGCAGCGACAGCAGCAGAUAACAGCCACCACGAUUUUUGUGCUGCAGCAGCAGCAGCAGCAACUGCAGCAGCAGCAGCUGCAACAGCAGCAACUGCAGCAGCAGCUGCUGCAACAGCAGCAACUGCAGCAGCAGCAACUGCAACAAACAGGAUGUCUAGGCAUUUGUUGGUUACGAGUCCCUUACCCCCAUUCAUAUAUUUUUUUCUGCUGCAGCAGCUGCUGCAGCAGCUGCUGCAGCAAGAGCAUCACCUGCUGCAGCAGCAGCAGCAGCAGGAAAUGUGCGAGGUGCAGCAGCAGCAGCAGCAGCAGCAGCAGCAGCAGGUUGCUGCUGCUGCUGCUGCUGCUGUUUUCAUGUGCUAG